AGCCUAUUUGGCGAGCUAUUUGUAUGAGCGACCGUCCCAAACGGAUCGCUUGAAACGUUUUUGUUUACCUCCAACUUCCGAAGGGAUUAAUCAUUAAUCGACGCCGAGAGAGAGAGAUGUCUGUGGGAGAGGACGGAAGGCAUGUCCUGGAGACGGGGAGAGCGGACCGAUCGGUCUGGCUGAUGAAGUGCCCGGCAAUGGUAUCGCGGUCGUGGCAGUCCGCCGCUGCGCCGUCUUCCACGUCGGAUUCCAGCAUUCCUAACCCUGUCGUAGCGAAGGUCGUGCUCUCUCUCGACCCUGUCCAUGGAGACGAGCCCAACGCACUCCAGUUUAAGAUGGAGUUGGCUCAGAAAGAUGGUGGUAAUACACCCAAGAGCUAUUCAUUGAACAUGUUCAAAGAUUUCGUUCCCAUGUGUGUUUUCUCCGAAUCAAGUCAAGGAAAAUGUGCAUUGGAAGGAAAGGUCGAGCAUAAAUUUGAUAUGGAACCUCAUAGUGAAAAUUUUGGGGAAUACGGCAAACUUUGCCGUGAAAGGUCAAAUAAAGCUAUGAUCAAAACCAGGCAAAUUCAGAUAAUUGACAAGGAUCACGGUGUGCUUAUGAGGCCCAUGCCUGGCAUGGUUGGCUUGGUUCCAUCUGGCUCGAAGGAUAAGAAGAAGGUUGCACCAGUGAAGGGAUCUGAGGUUAAACGAACGAGGAGGGACCGUAGAGAACUGGAAAACAUAAUUUUUAAACUUUUUGAAAGGCAGCCAAACUGGGCAUUGAAGCAAUUGGUUCUGGAAACAGACCAGCCUGAGCAAUUCCUUAAAGAGAUACUAAAUGAUCUCUGCGUAUACAACAAGCGUGGACCAAAGAGAGAG